AUUUACAAUGAGAGACAAAGUCUGAGGGACUAAAAUCUCUGUUGCCUGCCGCAGAAUCAAACACCUUUCCAAGGAUUCCACAUAAUACCAGGUUCACAGUGGACCAGAAUCCAGCCCAAGCUGUCAUCUUCUAGACCCGCAGCAUGGCACAGGAAAUCAAUGACUGUCUUGCUCCUAAUUAGUCCCUUCUCCCACCAGCAAAGUGGUCUCCCUACAGAAGAGGCAAAUGUACUGGCUUCAUAGGGGAAGCAAAUAACCUACAGCCACAAGAAACCACUCACCAAGGCUGUGGAAGCAGGUGUGUCUCCACGGACAAGUUAUCCUUCAGCAUGCUGUGUUUGUGGAUCUCUUUGGUCUAGCAGGAUGGUUUGGUUCACAUGGAUGCUUUUCUUCAUGCUUCAUGCAGAAGCAUUAGGGAACACAUCACCACAUUUCAUAAUGAAUAGUACCUUCUCUUUACCAGAGGACACACCAAUAGGUGCCUGGCUUUUUAAGUUGGUGGCUAAGGAUGCUGACAACGAUCCAUUGACAUAUGACAUAAAGGGAACAGAAGCUUACUACUUCUCUGUCAGCAGUGAUUCAGGCAAUGUCACACUGAAGCAAACAGUAGAUUAUGAGAAAACAAAGUUGAUUCGGGUUGAGGCUUCCGUACAUGACCAGAAAAAUGACCCGGUCCUUAAAAAACUCACCAUCAUGGUAAAAGACCGGAAUGACAAUAUGCCAAUAUUUGUGAAUGAACCCUACAUGACAGAUGUCUUUGAGAACACAGCCAUUGGCUCCUCAAUCUAUACAGUUUUGGCUAAAGAUGAAGAUACAGGAAGUGCUGGACAGGUGUCUUAUACAAUUGAAGAAGUCAUUCCAAACAAUGAGAUGAAUUACCAGCUCUUCUACAUCCUAUUCAAUGGCACUGUGGUGUUGAACGGCUCACUUAGUUACAAUAACAAGAGCACUUUCUACAGAAUCAAAAUCAGAGCCAGGGAUGGUGGGGGACUGCUGAAUAACGUGAUCGUCCAUCAGAAUAACACAGCCUAUCUGUCGGUUACUGUUGUUGAUGUGCCUGACCUGGACCCCCAGUUUCUGGGAGAACCAUAUGUAGGCUCCGUACCAGAAAACUGCCCCCUGGGAACCCCAGUGAUGACUGUGCUGGCCAUUGACAGAGACAAGGAAGUGAAUGAUGUAAUCUAUUACAGCUUUGCUGGUGCAGCUAGCAUGUUUACAAUCAACAAUGUCACAGGGGUAAUCACUGUGAGUGGCAAUCUAGACCGAGAAGGUGCUCCAGGUGAAGAGGUGCAACUCCAAGUUGUGGCUCGAGAAAAAGACUUGAACAUUUACCAGCAGGUGGCAAAGGUGAGCACCACUGUAACGGUUCAGGUCACUGAUGUCAAUGACAACACCCCUCAGUUCUAUUCGUGUGAGUAUCCUGCCUGCAACUUCACAGACCCUCCAGUGGGUAACUUUUCUGGUCAGAUAGAGGAGCAUGCCUCCCCAAGAACACCUGUGGCCAGCCUCAGCAUCGUGGCCUAUGAUCCUGACAAGGAUUCCAAUGGCACUUUUCAGUUGUCCUUGCGUGGUCUAGAUAUGUUUGCCUUCUCAGUGUCACCGCAGCAGAUUGUGAACGUAGGCACCAUACAGGUGCUAGUGAGCAAUUCAAGCGCUUUGGACUAUGAAAAAAUACCUAAUCAUUCCAUGACUGUGGAGAUUAUAGCAAACGACACUAGGAGGACAACUGAUUGCUGCUCCUUUGCCAUGGUUACCAUCCAUCUUCUUGACAUCAAUGACCACAGACCAGAGUUCAAUCAGAGCGAGUACAAGCUUUAUGUGCUGGAGGACAGCCCACCAGGAACCAUUGUCUCUUCUGACAUCACAGCCACUGAUCCAGACAGUGGAAUUUAUGGAGAGAUCACCUAUAAUCUGCUGCCUAACAGCAUGUGGUCCACUUUUGUAGUGAACACAACAAGUGGUACAGUGCUGGUGGCAAAUGGCAGUAAACUGGAUUGGGGAAAUGCUUAUUAUGCCACUUUACAGGCAGUGGAUGGAGGUGGAUUGUCUGGUUCCACACAGUUGGAGAUCUCAGUGGUUGACAUAAACAACAACCCUCCCAUUGUGACAGGCUCUUAUAAUAUCUUCAUCCGUGAAGGCCAGGAAACAAAUAUCCAGAUCCAGGCCACUGACAAGGAUGAUCCAGAGACCAAUAAUAGUUGUUUGUGCUUUGAGAUGGUGCCUGGUAUGUUCAGCAACAAUUUCACAAUUGACCGAAACAACGGGAUGUUGAGCAGCAGAGGGCCCCUGGACCGUGAAGCGAUCCCUGCAGAGUUUGAUGGUAAAGUGGUGGUGACAGUGCUUGUGCACGACUUGGGUAUCCCACAGUUAAACACCACAGUCAAUGUCACCAUUGUUGUCGAGGACAAAAAUGACAAUGCACCCAGGUUCAACAGCUCAUUUUAUGUCUUCUUUGUCCAAGAGGGCUUGCAAGGAAUCUCUGUGGGCAAUGUGGAAGCUACAGAUGCUGACCAGACAGAAAUCAACUACCGUAUCUCAUUCCGUAUUGCCAGCAGCACAGGAUCGAACAACUUCUUGAUACUGUCUAGUUGCCUGAGGGCUGGCUGGUACAAGGGGAACUUGCGGUUAGACCCAGAUGUUGCUCUUGACUAUGACCGGCAGCAGGCGCUCUUCAAUCUGACCGUGCAGGCUGAAAAUUCAGACUUUGGAGGGGUUGUGGACAUUGCCACCACCCUGGUGCAGGUGCAGGUGCUAGACGUCAAUGAUGAACCCCCAGCCAUUGUGCCAUCCCCACCCAAUGACAUCAGAGUGCUGGAGAACCUCGCCCUGCAUGAGUUGGUAGCCACACUGCAGGCCACAGACAUGGAUACUAACCAUUCGCUGAUAUUUCAGGAAUUAGCCGUCACAUGUUUCCAAGGCUCAGACAGUGUGGGCAAUGUGUGCCAUAACUGGUUCCGCUUGGAGCUCAAUGGUUCUCUUGUUGUGAACUCUUCGGAGAUAAACUUUGAGGCCUGUGACCGUGCAGAACUCAAAUUGCGUGUCAAGGAUGAAUUCACUGAGACGGGAGACCCCUACAGUAGAAAUGAGACCUUAAGAAUCAUAAUUGUUGAUGUGAAUGACAACCCUCCGAAGUUCUGUCCUAUUAACAACACUUUUGUGGUCAUUCCAGAGAUCUCUGUAAUGGAUCUGCAAGUGGCUGUAGUCAGGGCUACAGAUGACGAUUCAGGGGUGAACAGAGUAAUCACAUUUACCAUCUCCAGCAUAGUUUUCAUCAAGGACAACGGGCCCGAACAAGUUCUUGAAAAUCUUUUCAAGGUGGCAACAAUGGCAGAGAAGGACCUCUACAUCGGGAGCAUUCAAGUUGCAAGCAACCUUGACAGUUCAUUGAAAGGUCGGUACCAGGUGAAAGUAGAAGCCAAAGAUGGUGGGACGCCUCCACUGAGCUCUUCAACAUUAGUGGAUAUCUUCACUGUAGACAAGAGCUAUCGUGUUGGGCUGCAGUUUGAUACCUCAUUGCAAGAAGUACAAGCCAACUUAGACCAAAUAAAAGUGGCUCUGGCCACGGCAACCAAGUCAACAAUCUAUGUGGCAACAAUCAAGUCUUUAGAGGACCCGUCAGCCUCCAAAUCAGACAGGGCUAAGGGGAAGAUGGUGAUGGAGGCCUACUUUGUUUACAGCAAUGGCACAGCUCUGAUGUUUGAAACUGUUAUCAGGCUCAUCCAGAGCAACACUGAAGCUCUGUCACAGCUGCUCAACCUAGGCCUGUCAAUUAUUGGUCCUGUGGAUGUGACUGAGCCCAACAAGGAGAAGGAGCUGUUCGGUAUCAUUGCAGGCCUGGUUGGGGCAAUAUUGCUUAUCCUGUUCAUCAUGAUCAUAAUGUGGAUAAGCAUCAGAAAAAGUUAUCUGAGGAAGCUGAAAGCCUUGAAAGCCCUAAAGGUGGCUUCAAACUUCUCAGUGACUGCAGUGCAGCAGGGACCUGCUAUUCCUGGGACCAACAAAUACAACACAGAAGGGGCAAACCCUGUGCUUGGCUUCUCCCUUGAUCCCUCCACAAACCUGGACUUUGAUGACACCACCACUUACGAGGUGGACAGCUUGAACUCCCUGGAUGAGAACACAGUUGAUGCUCCAGCCACUCCUGUAAAGCUGGACCGAGCAGAUACUCGAUGGCAAGAAAAUGGCUGGGGGGAGCCUUUGAAGGCUGCACUAGAAAACCACUACCAUUAUUUAGCAGAUGACAGACCACAGCAACUGGGACUCUCCAAUCAUAAGUCUUUAAGCUUUGACAACCCCACCUUGGACGCUACAGAUCUCUGACUUAACCCAUCCUCCUGCCCUCCCAGGGGAGAAAAGAGCACUCUGCAACCUGUGUAGUAACCACCUACUUCAACUGAAGUUGUACCAACAGCUUCAAUAUACAGUAACAAAGUCUCAUGGAAUCCUUCUUUGCUCAUGGCUUACAAUUGCCUGCAAUAAUUCUGUCCUGAGCCUGUAUCCUCAACAAGAUCAAUCUGGCCUGAGUUACAAUGAGAAAUCCCAUUGAAACAAAAGAAAAGUUUCAUAUGCCUUCCAACCUAAGAAAUGGCAGCAAUUUCCAUUGUACAACUUAAAAGGCAGGAUACAGAAGGCUGCUUCUGAAAAAAUUCCUUCCCAUAGGAGCUAGGACAAUGAAGUUUCCAAACAAAGCUUACAGUUGCUGGGCACAGAACCUGCUCUGUAUAGUCUUUUCCCACUUCCUGCCAUUGCUGUCAAACAAAUCCCUCUGCCCAGAGCAGCCGCCUCAAUGCCCCCUUAAGUCCUUACGUGACACUGCUGGUUGGGCAGGGUUGUACACAUUCCCCUGACUCUGUGAUUCAUAAAAAGAGUGGUUACUGCACUGAUCUGGGUUCAGAUCAAUGGGUUCUUUCUCUAGGACAGUAAUCCAAAUGUUUGUGUUGGACUUAGAUACAACCUAUUGUAGAGUUCCAGAGACAGGCCUAAAUUAUUCCCCUAGAGAAUGUCCUACCAUCCAACAUGGAACUGCUAUGGUGGUGAUCUGCAGCAUCAUUUGAUAUGUUGUUAGGAUAAGGGAAAAGUAUGUAGGGUGAAGUACUGCAUCUGAAUCAAGGAUCUACCCAAGAUACUGUGCCUUUGCUGCUGCAAGGAAGAUGUAUCACUACAAAUAACCUUGUGACUCCAUGUUGGAUUAAAGCAGAAAAAUUGCCUUACAUGGAUGUCCUGUUUUGGAAGUCAAUGACAUUAAAAGCUGCAAACUGAACAAAAUGAAUCAAUGCAGGCUUGGAGGCUGCAUUGAUUCCUUGUGUCUGUCACCUACAUUAUCCCACCUUGAUAUGCAAGCCUCACACGCUGUUUGCUUAAUGGCUGCUUGAGCUCUCUGUUUGGCAACCACAGAAUCACAUCGUGCAAAGACUUCCAAGCCACUGCUGACCCUUUCUGGAAUGCACUGUGAAUUGGUUUACCAUUAAUAUAAAGCAUGUGUAUCCUCAAAACAAACAACCAAUAAAUGAAGCAGUUAGUA